AUGAGAAGAAACUCUACCUCAAAAAAUGCAAGAUUAUUAUCACAAUCAGAAGAAAUUCCUUGCAUAUCAAAUCAAAUAAAUGCAACAGAAAAUAAUGCUAAUUUAUCUAAUGAUACAAUUCCUUUCAAGACAGAAAUUCAAACAUUUAUGAAUGAUACUUAUAAUGAAUUUGAAUUUUAUCUUCAAGAUGAUAAAAUUACUAAUUCAACAGAAAAAUGUCAAAAGGUAUCUACAUACAUAGAUUGGAGAGGCAUGGAUUAUGUUAAUUUGCUAUUAAGUAAAAAAGAAAAUUAUAAUAUCUCAUGCCUCGUUGAAGAUUGGAAUAAAAAACAAAAUUCUUUUGAAACACAUAUAUCUACAGAAACAAAUUCAAUAUGUAAUAUUGGGAAGUUUCAUUAUUGUCCUCUUUUGAAUAAAAAUAAUAACUGCACUAGCCCUUAUGAAAAUAAAGAUCUACCAAUAAGCACAUCAUUAACAUACAAUCAACUCAAUGAAGAUAUUUAUUUUAAUAAUAAAACUCAAAUUAUUGAGCAAAGACAGGGUAAGUUUCACAAUGUUACUCAUGAUAUAUCUCUUUACUAUUUCGAUGCAUAUAAUAAAGAUAAAUCUGAACUUAAUUGCGCAAAGUGGAGUAUGUAUAUAUAUAAGAGAGGGAAGCUAUUUGUUAAUAUGAUGAACAAUGAAAUUCGUUCCGAAGAGAUUUAUAGACAGGAUUCUAUUAAUACAUGGAAUUCUUUUAGUAAGUCUUUGGAAGAUUAUACAUUAGAACAGACAAGUAAUCAAUGUAAUAUGACAGAGUUAAUUCAUAAAAUUAAAGAGAGAGAAAGUUCAAAUAAUCCAUAUAAUUUAGCAUGGGUUCUUUCAGAUAACAAUAUUAGUGGAUCUAAUGAAACAUUAGGUACUACAGUUUCAUUACAAGAUAAAUUGCAGUCUACAAGUGGGAUGCCCAUGAUAUCACGUGAUUUUACAUCUAGUCCAUUAGAUAAUAAUGAAAAUACAUUCAGUAGUGUAAAUAAUAACAGUACCUCUAAAAAUACACCUAUAAGUACUACAUUAAAACCAACAACAGCAGAUGACCAAUUGAUACUAGAACCUACAACCACAGCUUCAGAUGUUACAACAAAGAUCAAUUCUUUAACCUCAGAUACUACACCUGAAUAUAACUUACAUACAACUAAAUCUUCACCUUCCUCUAAUGAUCCUUUUCCUUCUACAAGUAUUCCUAGUGAUGUAUAUCCUACAGUGGAUGCUGAAUCUAACACCAUUAUUUCUAUGUCUUCUGUUAAUGUACCUUCAUCUGAUGUAAAUAAUCAUACACAUUAUCCAACAACUAUAACCGCAUCUUCUUCAGACAGUUCUACACCUCCUACGGUUGUACCCACUCCUAUAACUAAAACUGCAUUUUUCACAAAUGAUUCUAUAUCUUCAAAUGAUACCACUGCACAUUCUACUAAAAUCAUUGAACCUUCUAAAAGUUAUGAUACAAUUACUAUAACUAAUAUUAAACCUCUUACAGGUGUAUCUUCAUCAUCCUCUGAAACUUCAUCCUCACCUAAAAUCAUAAAUUCUACAACUACCAAUUCAUCUUUCACAAGUAGCUCUGCAUUUCCCACUUCAUCCACUCAUAAAACUAUCACUUUACCUUCUGCAAAUGAUCAUAGGUCUUCAUCAAAAUCUAACGCUACAAAUUCUCUAAUUAGUAUUAAAUUUUCUACAAACAAUACUAGAUCUUCUUCUGCACCUAAAAGUAUAUAUACUACAACCUCACCGAAAUCUUUAGCAUCUUCAAUUUUCAACACAUAUCCUAAUAAUGUAACUAAAUCUCCCACAACAAUUAGAAAUAUAUCAUUAUUGGGAACAAAAAAUUCUGAAACAGAAAACUUGAAAAAUACAACUAUCCCUAUUAUGCAAUAUAAGAGAAUUGCACCUUUAGAAAGAACUUAUAAUAGUGCAUUGAAAUAUAAUGUAAAUGUAAAUCCUUCGAGUAUGACUAUUUCAAAUAAUUCUACUAUGCAAACCCCAAUGAAUAACAAAACUGAAAUUACACCUACAGUUAAUCCUACGGAAAAUGUAUUAAUAACAGUUGUUCCAAUAGGUAUAUUCAUUUUGGGAAUUAUUUUUCUUUUAGUUCUACUCUGCAGAUACACUCCUAUUGGAUCUUGGUUUCGCAAUCGUAAAUCAAAGAAAAAAAAAAUAAAAAAAAAGAUGAAAGAAAUUUCAAAGGAACCCAUACUAAUGUCUUUAAAUGAUAUAGAAAGUGAACCAAUAUAUGUUGGAAAAUAUUCGUUGUUGCACCACGAAAAACAAAUUCCACUAUGUGAGAUUAGUUUUGAACGUGAAAGAAAUUUGAAAUAUAGACAGAUGAAAAAAUCAAAAGAAUGUAAAGAAAUAUACAGAGAAAGUGAAAAUAAAAGCGUAUAUGAAGUUUUAGAGGAAGUAUCAAACUACAAAAAUGAAUCUUCAAUAGAAGAAGAAAAAUUAAAUAAAGAUGAUACUAUAAAUGAAAUUGAAGAAGACGAAUUGAAUGAAAGUAAAUCUGGAAAUAAAAUUAGAAAAGAAAAAUUGAUUAAAAGUGGAUUAAAAAAAAAUGUGGUUCAUGUUGUAGGGUAUACCAGGAAAAACACAUUAAAUGAUGGAGAAACAAAUGAAAUAAAUGUAAAAGCUGAAAAAUCUGCAUACGAAAAGGAAUUGAAAAAUUCAGAAAAUAAAAUGUCAAUCAAGAAUGAAGUGUGCAAUUGGAAUACAUGGGCGAAUAUACAUAUUGUAGCAUUACUAGAGUAUAAAAAAGAAGAAUGGGAAUUGUACAGAAAUGAAUUUUUAAAAAUUUGCAUAGAAGAGUUUGAAAAAGACGAAAAAAAUACUUAUCUAAAAGAAGGGGACAAUAAUUUAGUAAAUAUAAGAGAAGAAAAUGUUGUAGUUAUGACGCAAAAAAAUAGCAGUAUUUUUGAGAAAUGGAAAAAAGAAGAAUGGUUCAUUAAUUUGAAAAAAGGGUGGAAGAAAGAAGAAGAAAAACAUUUAGAAUAUUUAGAUGAACAAGAUAUCGAGAAUGUUACAAUGAGAGGAAUAUGUAAUCUAAUGAUAGACAAAAAAAAAAAAGCAUGGAGGAAGUGGAUAGAAAAGCAAAGAGAAUAUUCAAUUGAAUAUAAAAAGCAGGAUUGGUUUAAAAAGUUAUUAGAAGAAUAUGAAAAAGAAGUUAUUCAUAAGAAUAUAAAGGAACAAAAAAUUGAAAAUAUAAGUGUAAAAAAAAAAGAGAAAGAAGAAAAUAAUGAAAUAGAAAAAUAUGAAAUGAGGAAAAAAUUGACACAAAAAAUGUUAAUAGAUAUACACAUGAUGGUAUUAGAGGAAUGUGAAAAGGAAGAAUUAGAAAAGGAAAAAGAUGAAUUGCUUAAAACAAAAACGGAAGGGUUAGGAAUACAAGAAAAUUUAUGUGAAGAUGCAAAUAUUUUAGAAAAAAUAAGGGAAGAAAGAAGAUGGAAUUCUAUAUCAAAGAAAAAAGAAGAGGAUAUAGAAAAAUGGAAAAGAGAAAAAUGGUUUACAGAAUUAAUGUUAGAAUGGAAAGAUAACGAACAGAAAUAUAUAGAAGAAUUAAAUAAAAAAAUGUUAGAAAAAAAAAAUGAAGAAAGAAUAACAAAUAAUGCUUUAGAAAGGCAGAAAAUUGUAUGGAAAAAACAUUGGGAAGAUAUUUAUAAAAAGUGGAUAGAAAAUGAUAACAAAGAAGAAUGGUUUACAAAAUUGGUUGAUGAAAAUGAAAGUAAAGAGAAAGAAUAUAUAAAUGAAAUUAGUAUAAAUAAUAUAGAAAAAAAAAGGGAAAAUGAAAAACCUAGGGAAGGAGGUGAAUCAAUAAUAGAGAUUAAUGGAAAAGUAAAAGAAGAAGUAAAAAAAUUUGAAAAGACACAAUUAGAAGAUGAAGAUGAAAAGAUUAAUUCUAUAAUAAAAAAAAAAAAAUUAAAAUGGAAGACUAUAAUAGAAAUACACAUGAUUGUAUUAGAAGAAUGUAAAAAAGAAGAGUGGUUAUUGAAUAGAGGAAAAUUUUUAGAAAACUGUUUGGAAGAAUUUAUAGAAGAAUAUAAAGAAAAAUAUCCAAAAAUAAUAGAAAAUGAUUUAUCAAUGAUAAAAGAAAAGGAAGAAGACAUUAAUACGUUGAUGAUUGAGAAACAAAAACAUUUAUGGAAAAAAUGGGUAGAAAGAAACAGAAGAAUGUCAGAGAAAUGGAAAAAAGAAGAAUGGUUUAUUAAUUUGAAAAAAGAAUGGGAGAAAGAACAAGAAAAAUAUAAUGAAAUAACAAAAGAAUCAGGAAUCGUAGAAAUAGAAGUAGGAAAAAAUCCUAUGCUAGAGAAACAAAAAAGAAUAUGGAAACAAUGGAUAAAAAAACAAAGAAUGUGGUUCAUAGAAAACAGUAAAGAGGAAUGGUUUAAUUAUUUGUUAGAUGAAUAUGAAAAAGAAGAAGAGUUUAAGAAAGGAACAACUAAAGGAGAUAUGAGAAAAGUAAAUGAAAUGAAGGAAAAUAUAGAGAAACUGGAGCAAAAAGAAAAUGAAGAAAUAGAGAAAUGUAGAAAGAAGGAAAAGUUGAUACAAAAGGUUUUGAUAGAAAUACAUAUGAUCUUAUUAGAGGAAUGUAAGAAAGAUGAAUUGGAAAGAGAAAAAGAACAUUUUUUUAAAACAUUGAUGAAGGAAUUUAAAAUGAAAGAAAAUUUAGAUGAAGAUGUAAAUAUUUUAGAAAAAAUAAGGGAAGAAAGAAGAUGGAAUUCUAUAUCAAAGAAAAAAGAAGAGGAUAUAGAAAAAUGGAAAAGAGAAAAAUGGUUUAUAGAAUUAAUGUUAGAAUGGAAAGAUAACGAACAAAUAUAUAUAGAAGAAUUAAAUAAAAAAAUGUUAGAAAAAAAAAAUGAAGAAAGAAUAACAAAUAAUGCUUUAGAAAGGCAGAAAAUCGUAUGGAAAAAACAUUGGGAAGAUAUUUAUAAAAAGUGGAUAGAAAAUGAUAACAAUGAAGAAUGGUUUACAAAAUUGGUUGAUGAAAAUGAAAGUAAAGAGAAUGAAUAUAAAAGUAAAAUUAGUAAAAAGAGUAUAGAAAAGAAAAAGGAAAAUGGAGAAGAUGGAGAAAAUUUUGAUUCAAAAAUAGAAAUUAAUAAUAAAAGAAAAGAAAAGGUGAAAAAAUAUGAAAAGACUCAUCUAGAUGAUACAGAUAAAAAGAUUAAUUCUAUAAUAAAAAAAAAAAAAUUAAAAUGGAAGACUAUAAUAGAAAUACACAUGAUUGUAUUAGAGGAAUGUAAAAAAGAAGAGUGGUUAGUAAAUAGAGGAAAAUUUUUAGAAACCUGUUUAGAAGAAUUUAAAAAUGAAGAUAAAGAAAAGUAUCCAAAAAUAAUGGAAAAUGAUUUAGCAAUGAUGAGUAAAGGAGAAGAAGACAUUAGUGCAUUAAUGAUAGAGAGACAAAAACUUCUAUGGAAAAAAUGGGUAGAAAGAAACAAAAGAAUGUCAGAGAAAUGGAAAAAAGAAGAAUGGUUUAUUAAAUUGAAAGAAGAAUGGGGAAAAGAACAAGAAAAAUAUGAGGAAUUAACAAAAGAAUCAGAAAUAGUAGAAAUAGAAGCAGGAAAAAAUCCUAUGCUAGAGAAACAAAAAAGAAUAUGGAAACAAUGGAUAAAAAAACAAAGAAUGUGGUUUAUAGAAAACAGUAAAGAGGAAUGGUUUAAUUAUUUGUUAGAUGAAUAUGAAAAAGAAGAAGAGUUUAAGAAAGGAACAACUAAAGGAGAUAUGAGAAAAGUAAAUGAAAUAAACGAAAAUGUAGAGAAACUGGAGCAAAAAGAAAAUGAAGAAAUAGAGAAAUGUAGAAAGAAGGAAAAGUUGAUACAAAAGGUUUUGAUAGAAAUACAUAUGAUCUUAUUAGAGGAAUGUAAGAAAGAAGAAUUUGAAAAAGAAAAAGAAGGUUUUUUUAAAACAAUUAUGGAAGAGUUGAGAAUACAUGAAAAUUCAAAUGAGGAUGUUAACAUAACGGAAAUAAAAAAAAAGAGUAGGAAUAUAAUAUUAGAAAAAAAAAAAGAGGAAAUAGAAGAUUGGAAAAAAAAAAAAUGGUUUAUAGAGUUAAUGCUAGAAAUGAAAAACAAAGAAAAAAGGUACAUAAAAGAAAUAUAUGAAGAAAUGAUAGCAAAAAAGAAUGAGGAUAGAAUUAAAAAUCCCAUGUUAGAAAAGCAAAAAACUAUAUGGAAAAAACAUUUGGAAGAUAUUCAUAAAAAGUGGUUAGAAAAAAAUAAUGAAGGAUGUUUUACAACACUUAUUUAUUAA